AUGAGACUUUUCCUCAGCCUUACGGUCCUCAUUGCGGUCGCAACAGCUUGCACAAUCCCAAGCACACCACUGUCCAACAACAUCACCAGCCACUUCCGUGUCCAAGUCCAAAAUGCUUCCUAUCCUCAAAUCCACAACAAGUACAUGAACUUGAUGGUCUCCGGAGGUGGUGACCGGCACCUGUACGUCGGAGGAUCACCGCAAGUGGGUGAUACUACUACCAAUCUGCUUCUCAUCAAGGGUUCGAUCAACUGGGUCUCCAUCACUGCUGUCAUUGGCGGCGAGGAAUCCAAUGUCGACGACACUGUCAAGAUGUUCAUGACGGAACGCGGCGAUCCGAGAGCUCUUUUCCAGCCGACGUACGCUUGCAAUCCGGACACCGACAGCUUGCAGGUCGAGUUGCGGUUUGUGGGGAAGCAGAAUGCGCCGGCCGGAGGCUGGAUUUGUGUGCGGCCAUCGUUCGAUAACAGUCAUGAGUUCCGGUACUAUCCUCCGGGAAACACGAAGUCCGAUCCGAACCGAUUCUGCAUCAAAGUAACACUCGUCGCCGUUCCCACAUAG